AGGCAUGGAGAACGGAAGGAGGUGGGAUGAGAGCGAAGACGCUGACGCGUUCCUGGCGCGGGUUCUGCAGCUACUGCGAGAAGAGGGCGCGCUCAAUCCCGGAACCGAUCAGCCCGUCGUGCGCUUCAGACACCCCGCCGAGCUCCAGGAACUGUUGUCUCUGGAUUUGGGAACUGCUGUGAAGUCUCAGGAAAAAUUAUUGGCCCUUUGCAGAGCUGUAAUUCAAUACUCUGUUAAAACUAAUCACAGACAUUUUUAUAACCAACUGUAUGGUGGCACAGAUACUUACGGACUGGCAGGUGCCUGGAUAACUGAAUCACUAAAUACUAAUCAACAUACAUUUGAGGUGAGCCCAGCAUUUACACUUGUGGAGAAUGCUGUUCUGCAGCACAUGUUGAAGAUAUUUGGAUAUACCAAUGGAGAUGGUAUCUUUGCUCCAGGUGGAAGUUUAUCUAACAUGUAUGCAAUGGUCCUGGCAAGAUACAGAGCUGUUCCAGAUGUUAAGAUGAAGGGUAUAUGUGGCUCUCAGCCACUUGUUGCAUUUGUGUCUGAAGAUGCUCAUUACUCAUUCUCGAAGGCUGCACAUUGGUUGGGUAUUGGUACUGACAAUCUAAUUUCAGUAAAGACUGAUGAGAUGGGCAGGAUGAUGGUAGAUGAACUAGAGCUCAGAAUUCUGCAAGCAGUAUCAGAUGGAAAACGCCCAUUUUUUGUUUGUGCUACUGCAGGGACUACAGUUCUUGGUGCAUUUGAUCCAAUAGAUCAAUUAGCGAAUUUAUGCAGGGAACACAAAUUGUGGUUGCAUGUAGAUGCUUGCUGGGGUGGAAGCUUAAUCCUCUCAAAGAAGUAUUCACAUAGGUUAACAGGAAUUGACCGGACUGAUUCUGUCUCCUGGAAUGCUCACAAAAUGCUUGGAGCUCCACUUCAGUGUUCUGCCUUCCUUCUUAAAGAAAAAGGACUGCUGCAUCACUGCAAUUCUGCAUCUGCCACAUAUCUUUUCCAACAAGACAAAUUCUAUGAUGUGUCUUAUGAUACUGGUGACAAAAGUGUGCAGUGUGGACGAAAAGUUGAUGCAUUCAAGUUAUGGCUAAUGUGGAAAGCUAGAGGGAAUGAAGGAUUUGAAUAUUUAGUGAACAAUGCUAUGGAUUGUGCACAGUAUUUCAAAAAAGAAAUUUCAAAGAGAAAAGGGUAUAGGCUUGUUAUACCUGAAUUUGAAUGUACCAAUGUGUGUUUUUGGUUCAUUCCCCCAAGACUGAGAGAUAAAAAAGAAAACGAAGAAUGGUGGAAUGAAGUAGAUAUGGUGGCACCAAGACUAAAAGAAUCUCUUGUUACAUCAGGCACUGUGAUGAUUAAUUACCAGCCAUUAAAACAAAAGAAAUUUCGGAAUUUCUUUCGUCUUGUCACUACAUGUCAUCCCCCACCCACACACCAUGAUAUGGAUUUCAUAAUUAGUCAAAUAGACCUCUAUGGCUCACAACUGUGAUGUCGGUUUCAUUGACACUGACUCCAUUUGAUUGUCAUUUUGUGUCUGAUGUGAACAGGAAUGCACGAGAAGACGGCAACACAGCAGGUUAACAAUAACAGUGGAGCCAUAUUAAUUUUGUUGCUGUAUAAUGUCUUUUAUAAAAAAAAGUCUGGAAAUUUACUGAUAUGUGUAAAGUCUUAUGAAAAUAAUAAAACUCUUAAUACUAUUUACACAAAAUAUACAAAUAUUUAUAA